AUGGCAGACAACCGCUUUGGCUACAGUUUGCAAGAGUUCCACGAUACGAUCGCCAAAGACAGUGAGUGGCGAACAAAUUUCCGCUACCUCCCUAUAGCCACGAAGACGAACCUCAAGUUCUACGCAGCAAGCCGAAAAAAGCAAGGCAACCAAGGAAUUUGGCUGCUUAUUGGCAAUCAAAAGAAUACUAGUCAAGCCCGUGUGUAUUCAAGAGCAUACAAGUCUCCUGCGAGCGGCGUAUUCAACCUGGUGUGCCUCAGGCUUGGCGAUGGCCCUAAUAUAGAAUUACACCUUCGGCAAGAAGAGAAGGAGAUCGAGCUGCUGCGAGAAACCGAAUACCAUGAACCCUUCAAUUGGCUUGAGAAGAUUGGUAGUGGCCCUUGGUUCAAGUCACUACGAUUUCUGGUCUUGUAUUACUUCCUUGAGCAGAAUACCCCGGGUCUUGACCGACUUGUCAUGACGCAUGACGGCCUGAAAGUCUUGAAGAAAGCAUGCACAAUGAUCGCCAAUGCGUCAAGGUCGAGGAAGCCGACGCGAGAUCUUCUAGCUCUUCCAACGAUUGUUUGCGAUAUCACGAGACCCGAGACUGACAGGUGGAACAUCGAGCUUGACCAGGAGAUAGAGAAGAAGCUACUUGUCAAGCGAGAGCUCUCGGUAUUCCCGCCACUCAAAGCACCUGAGAAUGACUCUACGCGGGCGCUUGAUAAGAUGGUACAACAAGACGACAACGUUACCACGAGGCCACUCCCGAAAACGAAGACCCAUGGUCAGGAACCAAAUAUAAAGUACGAAGCUGUACCAGCGAUAUCUGAAACUGCAUCUAGACCCAAGAGGAAGAGAUCUGCAAGCGAUGACACCGCGGGAGAAGAUGAAAAGGAAGACCCAGUACUGUUGUGUGGCCGCUUGAAGCGCGUCAUACGACAGGAAAUUGAGAGCCUAGAAGAGACAGAAUCAGCGCUUCAAGACGCAUUGAAUGCGCAGGCCAUGUCAUUCAACGAAGCUCUGCAGUCGAAAUCUAGUCUCGAAAAGGCCUUGUUAGAUGCCGAAGUAAGGGUACAGGUCGAGCAGGCAACGAAAGCGGCUACGGAAACAAGGUUGAACAAGGUGGAGAGUGAAUUGAACGACAAGAGGAAACUCGAAAAACGCGUUGACUCUUUGUACACUUGA